AAAUGGCAUCUUUGGACAGGGUGAAAGUGCUGGUUUUGGGAGAUUCUGGAGUAGGGAAGUCCUCUCUUGUACACCUUCUUUGCCAGAAUCAGGUUUUGGGGAAUCCCUCAUGGACUGUGGGCUGCUCAGUGGACGUCAGGGUUCAUGACUACAGAGAAGGCACUCCAGAAGAGAAGGCUUUCUACAUUGAACUCUGGGAUGUUGGAGGAUCUGUUGGCAGUGCCAGCAGUGUUAAAAGCACCAGAGCUGUGUUUUACAAUUCAGUUAAUGGUAUCAUUUUAGUUCACGAUCUGACUAACAAGAAGUCCUCCCAGAAUCUAUACCGCUGGUCACUAGAGGCACUGAGCAAGGACUCCUCUCCAACUGGCAUCAUCGUAUCCAACGGUGAUUACGAUAGAGAACAGUUUGCAGAGAACGCUGUUCCACUUCUGCUAAUUGGCACCAAAUUUGAUCAGAUCCCAGAAAACAAGAGGAACGAUGUCCUGACCCGAACUGCCUUUCUAUCUGAAGACUUCAACGCGGAAGAGAUCAACCUGGAUUGUACAAAUCCACGGUAUCUUGCUGCUGGUUCAUCAAAUGCUGUUAAAUUGAGUCGAUUCUUUGAUAAGGUAAUAGAGAAAAGAUACUUUACAAGAGACCCUAGCCAGAUGCAGAGCUUCACAGACAGGAGGCGCUUUAAUUUCAAGAGUCUGCACAGUGAUUGAGUGUACACAUUUAAUUUUGGUUGGUGGGUUAAAUUCUGUUGGUAAUCUGAAAUAGCAUAUAAAUAUUUCUUUCUUAUUAUGUUAUUUUACAGAUAGGGCGAUCAGUUUAACGUUAACUGGUUUACAAUGACAAAAAUAUUUGUUUGGUUUUUAAAAUCACUUGUAUCUCAUUUUCUGAGAUUUUUUUUAUACUAAAGGUUAAAAAAUAUGAACUCAAGGUUCUAUCACAGUUUAAAAUCUACAAUUAGCAAACCUAGAGAUAUCCUGCAUCACAAUAACACUACAUUGGAACAUACCUAUUUACUGUACUUCUCGUGUUUACUGCUUGUACUGAGGUGACAGGGACCCUGUUUUUUUUCUUUGGUAAAGGUAAUCAAAACAGUUUAUCUGUCAUAGAGUCAUUCAGGAAAGAUGGCAUCUAAAAGAAGGAAAUCAUAUUGUCAUUAAUUAAAAGUUUUUGUCAUCAUUCUUUGUAAUAUAAAAAUAAUUAAAGUACAGGACUUUGCUAUAUUAGCAAGCUGUUAAUACUGUGCAUGUACAGAACUCUUUACAUAAGACAAAAGUAUAUAAAGAUACAUUCGAAU